AUGCUGAUCGAUUUACGAAGCAACCAGUUGCCAUGGGGUAAAGCAUUACGUGAAGAACGCAUUCUAUACUUGAAAGAAACCACUUCGGACAAAGAUUUACUGAUCGAUGGCAAAAUGGAAUUUUUUGAAAAAAUUCUAAAGCAUCUCAGGAAAUUGCACUAUGCAGACAGACCUGAUUAUCGCGCCAUAUACAGAACGGUGCAAAAAAGCCCACACAAGACAUCAUUUGCUUCUCUGUUUCAGUUCCUUAAAUCCGAGAUCAGACAAGACGGGAAUCCGAAAUUCUAA